AGGCGGAAGUUCGACGUAAAAAUGUAGCUUAACGUCGUUGCUGGUGCUGAGGAGAGAGAGCAUCCGACCUGCUGCAGGUCUCCACACAUCGGACUGUAUAAAAGUGGGAUGCAGCAGGAAAUGUCCUGGGGAUUGCCGUGAACCCUCCGUGAGCUCCGUAGUUUCCCGUCGGUCGAUCACUGCCUGAGCUCAGCCAUGGUUGAUUUGCUCCAAACUGCCGCGGUUCGUCCCGGAAACAGACAUGAUGGACCUGGCUCCCUGACAAAUAUCAAAGGGAAGAAAUCAUCCAAAAAGUCGCGGGCCAGACGAGGCAAACAAGGCAGGAAGAGAAGAAAUAAAAGGAAGAGGAACAACAGGACACCGCCACCCAUUUUACCACCGGAGGCUGAAGAAGGAAACAUUGAAUACAAGUUAAAGCUCGUCAACCCCACUCAGUACCGCUUCGAGCAUCUGGCCACGCAACUGAAGUGGCGUCUGCAGGAGGGCCGCGGUGAGGCCGUGUACCAGAUCGGGGUGGAAGACAACGGCCUGCUGGUGGGUCUGACGGAGGCCGACAUGAAAGGCUCACUCAAGACGCUAAAGAGAAUGGCAGAGAAGGUCGGAGCUGAUAUAACGCUUCUGCGAGAAAGGGAAGUGGACUAUGGCCUGGACAGAAAUAUCCGGAAAAUUGCAGAGGUUCUUGUCCGAAAGGUUCCUGACGAUCAGCAGUUCCUGGACCUGCGUGUGGCCGUGCUGGGAAAUGUGGACUCAGGAAAGUCGACCCUGCUGGGCGUCCUGACGCAGGGAGAGUUGGAUAACGGCCGAGGUCGAGCUCGACUAAACCUUUUCAGACACCUGCAUGAAAUCCAGACGGGACGCACCUCCAGCAUCAGCUUUGAAAUCUUGGGCUUUAACAGCAAAGGAGAGGUGGUAAACUACAGUGAGUCUCGAACAGCAGAGGAGAUCUGUGAGAGCUCAUCCAAAAUGAUCACCUUCAUUGACCUGGCAGGUCACCACAAGUACCUGAAGACCACCGUCUUCGGUUUAACCAGCUACUGCCCUGACUUUGCCAUGCUUGUAGUGAGCGCCAACACCGGCAUAGCUGGUACAACUCGAGAGCACUUGGGACUGGCCAUGGCUCUGAAAGUCCCGAUUUUCAUCGUAGUCAGUAAAGUGGAUCUGUGCUCCCGCGGCACCGUGGAGCGAACUGUCCGGCAGCUGGAGCGAGUCCUGAAGCAGCCAGGCUGCAACAAGAUUCCCAUGGUGGUGAUGAACCCUGAUGACGCAGUGACUGCAGCGCAGCAGUUCACCCAGUCUGCAUGCAUCACACCCAUCUUCACCCUGUCCAGCGUGUCUGGAGAAAGCCUCGACCUCCUGAAGGUUUUCCUGAACAUCCUCCCUCCGCUUAGCAACAGCAAAGAACAGGAGGAGCUGAUGCAGCAGCUUACAGAGUUCCAGGUGGAUGAGAUAUACUCAGUUCCUGAUGUUGGGACUGUUGUUGGAGGAACUCUGUACAGUGGGGUUUGCAGGGAGGGCGAGCGUCUCGUAGUUGGACCCACAGAAGAGGGUCGUUUCGUGCGCCUGAAAGUGGGCAGCAUCCAGAGGAACCGCUCGGCCUGCAGGGUGCUGAAGGCCGGACAGGCAGCCACUCUGGCUCUGGGAAACUUUGAUCGCUCACUUUUGCGCAAGGGCAUGGUGAUGGUCAGCCCCAAGAUGAACCCGACCAUCUGCUGCCAGUUCGAAGCUGCCAUUGUUCUCCUGUUCCACGCAAAGACUUUCCGGAGGGGUUCGCAGGUCACCGUCCAUGUCGGCAACGUCCGGCAGACGGCUACGGUGGAGUGCCUUCACGGAAAGGUUGGUGAGUUUUCUUAUUUGUGUUACAUUUGGAAACAGACUGUAAAUCCUUCCCUUCUGGUUUUAGGACGAGCUUCGAACAGGAGAGAGAGCUGUUGUUCGCUUUCGCUUCAUCAAGCACCCGGAGUAUUUACGACUGAGCGCCAAACUGCUCUUCAGGGAGGGAGUCACCAAGGGCAUCGGUCAUGUAACUCGUCUGCUUCCCCAAGACCAGAAUCUGAACCACGACCAGAAUCUGCAGGAUUACUAGGGACAAUUUCACUGGACCAACAAAAGCUGGCUUUAUGCUCCUGCCACCUACAUGCAUAUAAAUCCACAGUUCAUACUCCACAAAGCUAAGAAAUUUGGUUUCU